AUGAACGACAUUAUGGAUAUGGAUGAAAAGAAGCCCGUUUUUGGCAACCAUUCCGAGGACAUACAGACCAAGUUGGACAAGAAGUUGGGCCCGGAGUAUAUCUCCAAGAGAAUUGGGUUUGGGACAAGCAGAAUAGCAUAUAUCGAGGGUUGGAGAGUGAUCAAUCUAGCGAACCAAAUAUUUGGGUAUAAUGGCUGGUCCACGGAGGUGAAAAGUGUAGUUAUCGAUUUUUUAGAUGAGCGGCAGGGCAAGUUUAGCAUAGGUUGUACAGCGAUAGUUCGUGUUACGUUGACUAGCGGAACUUAUAGGGAAGAUAUUGGAUACGGUACCGUGGAGAACGAAAGAAGGAAACCUGCUGCUUUUGAAAGGGCUAAAAAAUCCGCUGUUACGGAUGCUUUGAAAAGAUCUUUGAGAGGAUUCGGUAAUGCUUUAGGGAACUGUCUUUACGAUAAAGAUUUUCUAGCAAAGAUCGAUAAGGUAAAGUUUGAUCCCCCAGAUUUUGAUGAAAAUAAUCUGUUCAGGCCCACCGAUGAAAUCAGUGAAAGCUCAAGAUCAAAUACUCUGCAUGAAAAUCAUGAACAACAGCAGUACCCGAAUAAAAGAAGGCAAUUAACGAAAGUUACAAACGCUAAUCCAGUCUCAACGAUGAACUUGGUGAAGCUAGAGAGCACAGUAAAUAGGGUCGCUCCUAUGAUGAUCGCAUCCACCGAUAGUAGCAACAAGAACAGCAACAGCAACAUUAGCAACAUUAGCAACACCAGCAAUAAUAAUAAGGACGGCGAUCUCGGCCCCACUGAUACUUCCAAACAAGAUCAAGAUGACCUACUGGAUGAUUCUCUUAUGUUCAGCGAUGAUUUUCAAGAUGACGACCUGAUAAAUAUGGGCAACGCAAACAAUAAUGUUCUAUCAACAGACAAGGAUCCGAUGUUAGCAAAUCAUAGCCCUCAUGUAAGCUCAAAUUUAGAAGCAGAAAAAAUUACAUUUGUUACAGCCAAAGCGGCGACAUCCGUGCAGAAUGAACAUCAUGUUGGCGAAGAGAAUAUUUUCGACCCCAAGUAUAAAGCCCAAUCAAUUAGGCACACUAUUGAUCAGACUACGUCAAAACAUGUCCCGGCAAGUGUACUAAAGGAUAAAACGAUGGCUACUGCCAGAGAUUCAGUAUACGAGAAAUUUGCGCCAAAGGGAAAGCAAUUGAACAUGAAGAAUAAUGACAAAGAACUAGGAGCUAAUGCGCAAGAAGGAGCUGGAAACCAAGUACCGCAUGAAAUCACACCGAAUAAACUACCCACCGCAACUAUUUCUUCCACGGGUGCACCACGAUUUGCGCCCCCUUCUAAGGUAGUCCAUCCCAACGGGAAUGGUACAAUGGCAACUAUUCCGCAACAAAGAUCAACACGAAGAGAAGUUGGAAGACCGAAAAUUAAUCCCCUGCAUGCACGUAAGCCUAAUUGA